AUGGGGGCCGCCAUCAUGAAGACCUGCUUCGUCGGGGAACCCAUCGAGGCCCCGCGCCGCCACCACCACCAGCAGCGCAUGUCGCACCACGACGCACGCCGCCGCUACGAGCAGCAGUGCACGCGCUCGCUGGCCAAGACCAUGCCUUCCUCGGCCACGCUGGUCACGCCGCACACGCGCCGCUUGGACCGCCGCUAUGCUGUUGGGCUCGAGUCGCCCGACAAGGAGCUGCUUAUGAAGAAAUACGCACCCCGUCGUGGGAUGGAGCUGCCGCAAACGGCCGUGCAUUUGCAGAAACUCGGCCAGGACGUGGCCAAACUCAGGAAGAGUCUGGCCAGCUCCGUGUCGUCCGAGGCUGCCACUAUGUCGGAGAGUUCGUUCGUUGCCGACUCGCCCUCGCACGCUGUAAGCCCAGUGCGCCGCUCCAGCCCAACCGGCCGUACGUCGGCCGCAGGAUUCCGUACACUCCUACCGGACGAAUACGUUCUCGAGUGCGUGGCCGGUAAAGGAACCACCUCGACAUGCUACAAGUGCAAACGUAAGACCGACGGCCGCCGCUUCGCCUGCAAGAUCAUCGAAAAGAGGAAGCUGGCCCCAUCUGCCCGGAAGAGAAUGGAGGUGGCCGCUCAAUUACGCCGCGAGGUGGACGUACUGCAACGCGUGGACCACCCACACAUUGCCAAACUGGAGCAAUCUUUCGAAGACGACAACUACCUGAUCCUCAUCAUGGAGCUCAUGGAGGGCGGUGAGCUGUUCGACGCCAUCGUAGACAAGGGCCGUUUCUCGGAGCACGAGGCCGUCCAUGUGGCCCGCUGUAUCCUCUCCGCUAUUCAACACAUGCACGAGCGCGGCGUCGUUCACCGCGAUCUCAAGCCGGAGAACAUGCUUCUAGCCGUGUCCACGCGUCGAGGACGUCGUCAAGAUGUGGCCAACCCGCUGAACAUCAAGAUCAUUGACUUUGGUUUCGCUAAAAUCCUUAAAGAGGGCGCGACGUCCACGUCCUUCCUGGGCACAGGAGGCUACUUGGCCCCUGAAAUUUUACUGCGACAGCCAUACGGCACCUCGGUGGACAUGUGGUCCUUUGGGGUCUUGAUCUACUUGCUGCUUUGUGGCCGACUACCAUUUGCAGCCACCACGCAACUACGACCCAACCAGAAGAUUCAAUCGCUGUACAAACUCACCUUCCCGAAGAGGUACUGGCGCGGGGUAAGCCCCGUGGCCAUCGAUUUCUUGCAGCGCGUGCUGGUACUCAACCCGUCCGCGAGACUUACAGCCACUGAGGCACUCAACCACCCAUGGCUUCGGUGUUAA